AUGAUGACAUUACCGCUUAUUCGCGACUACGAAGUCUAUGUUACAGAAGGCUGUGAGAAAUCGUACUGUGAUUAUCAUCGCCGAAUGGCCGCCGUAACCGCAGCACAACAGCGCGGUGCAUCGCCGCAAAGCCCAUCCAGACAUAUUACGGUCGUAGACGUCUACGAUCUUGCCGCUUCAAUAGGAAAGGAUUUCGAGAAAAUAAUCGAACUUCAUGGAAAUGACUGCGUGCGAGGAAUUAUGCCAAAAGUCAUAUCCGCGUUGGAAACACUAGAAUCGCUGGCAAACAAUAAUGAACGAGAGAAUGAGGAAAUCAUAUCGUUGCAAAAAACUGUGGAGCGAUUGGAACAAGAGAAGCAGGCUAGACAACUGCAAACGGCUAAAUUUGAGGAGGAACUCGACCAAGUUGAAGAGACCUAUAAGAAGGAUAUCAAUGAGCUUCGAUUGAUGGUUAAAACGCUGAUGUCCGAGAAUAAAACACUGAGUAGUACAGUUUCUUCGCUACCUACUACAACGGAGAGUCCAACAUCAGCGGCUAUGCAUGAAGAAGAUGUCAAGCUAAUGUUUGAGCUGAAAGAGAUGUCACAUAAGCAGAAGGAGGAAAUUAAGGCGUUACAGCGAGAUGUGGAACAAUACGCUUGCGAAGUGGAAAACCUACAAAACUCUAUAGAAAAGCUGAUCCGACAAAACGAAGAACUGCUUCGAAAGAACUCCUCGCUACAAAAACAAGGCCGUAUGAUCGUCGAAGAGAAGAUGGAAAUUAUCCGAAGGUUAGAAAAGACCGAAGAGGCAAAUAUUCAGCUGCGACGAAUGCUCAGCGAUACUGAUAGAGCAUGUAAAGAUCUCCAACAAGCCAGUCAGAUGGACGACGAGCCACGAUUUACGUUAGCUGAGCUACGAGAAGUCCUCCAAGAGAAAAAUGUGCUCAAAGGUCGAGUGAUGGAAUUAGAGGAGGAAUUGGAAAAUUUGCGGCCAGGACGGAAAGAGCGAGAACGGGAAGAUCUAUUAAGCAGUCCAUCGACAAGCCUCCGAAACCUGCUGAGAAGUCGAAUACGCAGAUUGACUGCAGCGAAGUUUUCACUUCUUUAUCGUGUUUACAACCUGUCAAAGGAAAAUACAUUUACCGAGAAUAGCGGACAAUCAUGGACAGAAAAUCUCAGAGUGAAUAAUGAUGAACCUUCAAGAGCUGGUGAAGGUGAGGAGAUGCUCGUGUACGGACCACUGCCUCGAGAACCAGACGAGAAAUUGUAUCCAUGGAAGUAUGAACGAAAAGAUAGUGGAGUACGGAGAUUUUUCCGUUUCUUCAAAGAACUCGGUGCGGCCCAGUCGCCACGGCGUGGCUCUUCCGCCAAUAAUUCGCCCCGUCCACAACGUGCAAACACGGGAAAUUGA